AUGGCCACGGCUAGCCCCAUCUUGAUCCACUCGUCCUCGCCCUUCACCCUUCGAGUCCGCCACUCCGCUACUCCUCCCGCCGCUCAGCGAGAGAGACGAGAUACGGACCCUUCGUCGUCGCCUCGACUUCCUUCGCCAUCUACAUUUGUCAAGCGAUUGGGUAAAGCGACACCAGAUGGAUCCACGGCACAAGCAGCCUUCGAUGGCCGUCCGAUUGCAUUUCCGGGCGUUGAGACACGGGCCGAUAUAGAGAGGUUGGACGCUAUGGACGAUCUAGAUGUGGAGAAAGAGGAUGUUUUGGUCGUAUCCCAGCUCGGCAAUAAGGACAGGGCCUCGCAGAAGUCUGGGAAGCACAUGAUCGUGAAUGAGGCGAGUACAACGAUGCCACCUGCGCCGGCGGCACUAGAUUCUGAGCCGAGCACUACGGUUGCAGAUGGCCUAAACCCCGAUCACGCGGCCCAACCUCUCGACCUGGAGAUUGAGCAGCCGGAAUCAGCUGCAGAUACCAAAGCACCGAAGCAAGCAAAGAAGCCCCGGAAGAAGCCUUCGAAGCCAGCGACAGGUGAAAACGUCUCCGCAGCGAAGAAGCCGAAAAAGAGAACCUGGAAGUCCGAAGAAUUUGUUCUCAAUUCCGACGAGCCGGUCGCCGAGGCGGACGGCGAAAGCUCGCGCACAGGCAGAACCACCGCUACAGAUCCAGACCGCGAUCAACGGAAGGGAUCGGGCAAAUUACAACCAGUGAAGUCUGCCACCAAGAGAUCAAGGAAGAAGAAAAACGACGAAACCCCCACGAACAAAGAUACCGAGACGGAAGAGCAAUCAGUCUACUUCAUCAACACUCCGAUAGCUACUGAAAACGCAUCGGGUCCCAGUGCAGUCUUGCCAUCAGUGCCGGCCACUUACGGAGACACGACUUCAUCAAAUCUCGAUGAUACCGAAGCUUCUGUGCCGAUAAUCCAAAGACGGCGAUGCUGGACGCCUCCGGUCGAUACCGAAACCGUCAGAACCGAUACUCCUCGGCCUCCAACAGCAGGUUCUGAGGCCUCCAAUGCUUCUCAGGUGCAGAAGCUGGACCUCCAACAGUUCAUCAGCGAUCUCAGCUAUACUGCGAAAACUCCAAGCGCCAGGGGACUAUCAGGAGAAGCAGUCACGAAGCGGAGGCGUAUCGAGUUGUCCGAGUUCUCGACUACUGAUUUGGCUGCUAUCGAGAAACCCCACGGCCAGGCUCUGAAAACGCCGAAGCCUGCACCGAAGCAGAAGAAGAAGCCGCAGACCAUCACUGCAGUUGCCACGGCUGCUUUCUUGCCCGCGAAGCUGGACGAGCCAGAGCAAGGUCUGGACACUGCAGCUAUCCCCGCUCAACCUACAGUCGAUGAAGCUGUUCUUGCCUCGGUCUCGAAACACGCCAAGGCCGAACGGAUCGUCAAGCAACCGAAAAAGAGACGAAAGCGCCUAAUUAAAGUCAUUGAUGGACCCGAGUCCGCGGUGAAGAAGGGGAAAACUCCGAGGAAGAGAGCGGCCGCUACUUCGGCAAAGAAGAAGAAACCUGCCAAGCCGAACGAGCCCGAUCCCCGACUACAGCUGUACCCGCCAGAACAUGCUGUGGCGGAGAUCCGGAAGCUGGACUUUUUGUUUGGCACAUCAAGCCAACUUGCUCCCGCGGAACCCCCGCGCUUUAUUCGGGAUGUGCUGGCUGCGCUGAGAACGUCCGAAGAUGAUGUUCGUACGCAUCAGAGCUACUCUUCACCUCCAUUGCAGUCGUCUCAGGGCGUGACCAGUCCGUCUCACCAGAUCUGUACUCGUGUACCAACGGCGCCGCAUGGCACUUCGCUCUCGCUUGGGCAGGCUGCGCGAGGCCUUUGGUGUGUUGCGGCGAGGGACUUUGAAGGCAACUUGCUCCGGACUGGCGAUGUGCAUACCGAUGUGCGAGACGAGCAUCUCAUUGAUGACGGUAUUCCAGCUGUUAGCGAGGCGGUGCAAGCUGCCGUCGAUAUGCCUGCACCGCCGGAAGAGAUGCAAACAGUGCAGGAGGAGAACGUGAUCGCUAUCCAUUCGUCACCACUUGUCGCCCCUCCGGCUAUCAUAGAAGGCUUUUCUCCUCCGAAGGCCGAUCGAGAACUAACGCCGCAGCUCUCGGACAUUCUGGCACAUCCGGAGACCACGAUCCACCAAUCUACAGCAGACGAAGACUCCUGGAUGCUCCUCGACAGUGACGACUCGGUCUUAUCGGCUUUGCUGUCUCCUGAUCAUCCACCUGCCCGAGCAGAAGGACACACUGCACAAUUGCCGAGCCCGUUGCCAUCACGGCCUACGCAGGGCCAUAUUCCCAUGGCAUCACGACCUGCUCUUCACCCGCUUGAUGCAAACAGAAGCCUCACCCACAACACUCCUAUGGAGAAAUCAUCAGUUCUCCACAGCGCCCAAGCAUUCAGCUCUACCGCACCCAGUUCGGCCCAUGCAACAAAACGACCACGUGGACGGUCACGAAAAGAUCCCAUAGCACACCCAGACGAAAGUGUAUCACCCACGAAACACGACCAGCCACUCCCCCUUCCUGAAGUCCAACCCGGCUCCUCUCCCAACCCCCUGAAACCGCCUCGUACGAAUACCCACGCCGCGAGAUGGUCCGCCUCAGCACCUCACACGCAGUGGCUUGACAUCGACGAGAUCUCCGAUUCCGAGUCGCCCACAACCCCCUCGCCCCCGCGGCGCUCAGCUUCCUCUUCUCCGCCGGCUGUUCAGCCUUUACUCCUGAGUCCUUCCCGCUCGCAACAGCAUGACCGCGAGAGUAAAGUCGACAUGCUAGCCGUCAGCGAAACACUCAAACUCGACGGCACCCAGUGGCCGGAGGUCAAGGCAGCGCUAUAUCCACUCAUCACCGAAACCGUCAAAAUCGCGAAGGGGCGCACUACCGCAUCAGGCCCCGAGUUAUCAUGGUGGGAGAAGAUCCUCAUGUACGAUCCGAUUGUCGUCGAGGAUCUCACGGCUUGGCUGAAUGAGUGCGGUGUGCAUAUUGACGUUAGGAGGAAGGUGAAGGGUGGCAAGAAGGGGGGGAAACGGAAGGCGGAUGCGGCUGAGACUGCGGAGUGGGAGCUUUGCCGUGAGCCGCUGCAGGCUUGGAUGGUGCAGAAGUGGUGCGAGGAGAAGAGUAUUUGCUGCUAUUUGAAGAGUGGCAGUUGGCGGGGUGGGAGGGGUGGGAAUGCGUAA